AUGAGUUAGAAGACAUAUAAGCCUAAGUAGAUUGAAAAAGGUAGCCGUGGUUGGGGUUUAAAACACAUAGCUUAAAUGACUUUAGGAUCAGGAAAUAUGAGUUUAGCAGUUGAAUUACCUUAAGGAGAAGAAAAAAAUGAAUGGCUAGCAGUUAAUACUAUUGAAUUUUACAAUGAAAUCUCCAUCCUAUACGGUACUCUUAUGGAGUUUUGCACACCAGAGGCAUGUCCAAUAAUGAGCGCUGGUCCAAAGUAUGAAUAUUUAUGGGCUGACGGAUAAAAUGUAAGAACUCCCUUAAAAGUUUCUGCAAGCGAAUAUAUUGAUUAUUUAAUGACUUGGGUUGAAACAUAGAUUAAUAAUGAAAGCUUAUUCCCAUGCUAAAUAGGUGUGCCUUUCCCUAAAAAUUUUUUAAGUGUCAUUAAAGUAAUUUUCAAAAGACUUUUCAGAGUCUAUGCCCAUAUAUAUCAUAGUCACUUCUAGCAUAUAAUGAGUCUUGGUUUAGAGUAUCAUUUAAAUACAUGUUUCAAGCAUUUUAUUUACUUCAUAGAUGAGUUUGAUCUUGUAGAUGAUAAAGAAUUAGCUCCUUUAGCUGAAUUAAUCCAACAAUUCAAAGCUCGUAAAGAAGUUCCUCAAACUUAACAAUGA